UUGCAGCCGUCGAAGACAGAAAAAGUUCAUCUUCCCGAAGAAGACUACACAGAUCAGUUAAAUGAAGAUAUUAAUAUCCGAGGAGCAGAUCCAGAGCAAGAUAAAGCGGAUAUUGCUGUAACAAAAUUAACCAAAAAGUAUGCAGCGGAAACGGUCGUUGACAAGUUAUCUUUUUCUGCACGUCGUGGGGAAAUAACGGUUCUUCUGGGACAUAAUGGCGCUGGCAAAAGCACAACGUUCUCAAUGAUAACCGGUCUUAUUACACCAACGUCAGGCACCAUCUCUGUUUGUGGAAAAGUACUGAAUUCGAGGAGCAUCAAGAAAUGCCAGCAUGAAAUUGGAUAUUGCCCACAGUACAAUGCGCUGUUUGAUUCGCUAACAGUGCGCGAGCAUUUGGAACUGUUUCGAGAACUUAGAGAUAUUGAAGCCCGCUGCGCUGACGUAUCUGAGAUGAUCUCCGAUCUACACCUUGAUAAUGUCGCUGAUACGGUAGGUGCACCAUCCAUGUUACUUUAA